AUGGAUAAUGGCUCUAUCCCUGAGUUUGACUUCUCAGAUAUUCUCAAGUCCAGAGAAGCGGUUAAUAAUCCUAACAGACAGAUCAACGCAAGGCAAAAUGCAGAACAACCCCCUGUAAACAUACCUCCUUCAACGCCCGAGGGUAUUUUUGCAGUUAAGAAGCGGAAACGCGACCCACAAGUGGUGCAUUUGUUGAAAAAAGUCAACAUCCAAACCACUUUACUGUCCGUGGGGCUCCCUCUUUUCUCACUAUUUAAGCUGCUUAUUGGAAGACCUGAAAGCAACCCACGCCUUCUCAAAUGUCUCGCGGUUUAUAUGUUUUUAUCGCAGGUCAGUUUAGGGGCAGGAUACCACCGUUUUUUCACACAUGCCUCGUUCCAGUGCGAUUUGAUGGUACAGUCAGUGUUCGCCAUUUUAGGCGGGUCCUGCGGGCUGGGUUCCAUCCUUGAUUUUUCCAGCCAACAUCUUGCUCACCAUCGCCACGUCGACACAGAAAGGGACCCGCUUGCCAACGUCGUUCACGGAAGGCUCUUCGCUAUUUGGGGCCAUAAAUUAUUCAAAGGCAACAGGAAAUCGGCUAGAGCAGUGCAAGACUGCAGAGCCACCUUGGACUCAGCUGCUCGAAGAGCUACCGGUGAGAAGACAAGAAAUUUCAUCACUACACCCAGCUACGCACUCUUGCGCUGGCAGCACGACAAUUAUCUUGAAAUAUUGAUCCUUACAUUGAUACUCAUACCAUGCAUAUUGGCUAGGUUUUGCGGCUUAUCUUAUUUCAGCGGAAUCUUUUACCUAGGUUUGGUGAGAAUGUCCUUGAUACAGCAACAAUGGCUGAUUAUAGGUGCCCUGUGUCACACAAAACAUUUUCCUUUAGCAAAGCAACCUUUCGAUGACUCUAGGUCCGCCGUUAACUUGCCACUGGGUAUUCUGGGAGAUCUGCUAACUUUUGGAGAGUCUAAUCAUAACUUCCAUCAUGAAUUCCCAGGCGAUUACAGAAAUGGACUGGGGAAGCUUCAGUGGGACCCUUCCAAAUUUGCAAUUUUGAUACUGUACUACCUGGGAUUUGCGGGAAACAUUCAUUACACCUCUCAGGAUCAGAUAGACAAAUGCUUGCUUCAACAACAACAAAAGCUACUGGAUGAGGAAAGGGCUAAGCUACAAUGGGGCAUUCCUCUAGACAAACUACCAAUCAUGCAACCGGAAAAAUUCGUCAAAUUAGCAAAGCUCGAAUAUGAAACAAAAAGGCGAUUUCUCGUCGUAAUAGAAGGCGUCGUUCAUGACGUAACGCCCUUUAGCAGCGACCAUCCAGGAGGUGUUGCGCUUGUUGAAGCGAGUGUAGGCAAGGACGCCACUCAGGCUUUCAACGGUGCCGUUUAUCUGCACACCCAAGCGGCUAGAAACCUUCUCAGCACAAUGCGAAUCGCGGUGCUCGGUCAUAGUCGAAUGGGUGUCGAACGUACGGUGUGGGAAAAGCAUAUGCUCGAAAGUAACAAUUUCAAAAACGACUCUGAAGGAAGUGAAAUUGUUCGGAACAAGCAGCAGGUCACUUUCACGAAUAAGAAUCACUACGCUGCAGGUGCAGCAUAG